AUGAAUGCUUCUAACGCCAUGGCCGGACUUUUAUUGAGUACAGCCGAGAGUGGUAAUAACGACUCGCUAUCAGCUACAGGGCAGGUAGAACCAGGAAAAGCGGAUGGAUAUACGGUGUCAAAAUGGAAUCAAGAGUUAGCUUACUCCUUCAUAGGUUUGGAUGUAUGUUUAGGCCUGUACAUACUUCUCGGAGUAGCCGGUAACAUUCUUAUCAUCAUAAUUUAUCAAUUCAGGAUUAAGAAGAAAUUUGAAGACCGAUUCUUUAUCAUGGUCCUUGCUGUGUUGGAUAUAUGCGUCUGUGUAACCGGUCCAGCCACUUAUCUGCUUCUGAACAUCUUGCCUGUGACAUUCUAUGACAAUUGGGGUUGCAAAAUUGCCUGGUUUAAUGGCCGAAACCUUAGUAACACUUCCGGUAUGCUGAUCCUCGUAAUCGCUAUACAGAGGUAUUUAAAAGUGUGUCGGCCAUUCGGAUGGCAAAUGACCAUUCGUUGGCAAAAAACUGCUGUCAUUGUGCUUUUGAUUUCGUCCGUGUUGAUUGACAUUCCAAUACUCUUUUUCUACGGAACGUCGACCAUCCAUAACGGCAUAUUAGAGGUCACGGGUUCACGGUGUGGCAGAAGAACAAACGUCAGUCCGGAUUUUGAAUUGGCUAUAAGUAUUUACUUUUACUGCAUGUUUGCUACCGCCCUUUCAUUUAUAUCGGGAAUCGCUGUCAUGUACGUGUUGAUUGGCAGAAGGAUCUUCAAUCAGAUGAAAAAGAAACGCUUAAUGGAAAACGGGUUGCGAGUGAACAACUAUACAAGGUCACUUGCUGAUAUGGAAUUCUCUAAACAAGAAGAAACCUCGACCGUAGACACUCAGGCAACGACAUCCCAAAAUGUCGGAACUUCCGGUUCAACAAAUCCUGAUAGUGAACGGAAGAGGAAGAAGAAAAAGGAUAAAUGGGCUACACAUCGAUACUCUCUAAUGUUUAUGACGAUUUCGGCCAUUUGUGGAGUGACAUAUGUUCCGUCACUUAUUGUGAACAUGUGCAUCAACCUUGACUCAGACGAGUUCUGGAUAUAUUACUCAUCCAUAGAAAGACAGGUGUACCUGUUCAUAUUUCAGUUCUUCUUGUUAAAUCAUGUGUCGAAUCCCUUUAUAUACGGUUUCUUUGAUAGUUCAUUCAGAGCUGAAAUGAAAAGGUUAUUUCGUUGA